AUGAGUGUCAGUCUAGAGCACACGCUCGGAUUCAGAAUAAAAGUCACGAAUGUGUUGGACGUAGUUACUGAGGGAAGAUUGUAUUCUUUCAAUUCAUCAAACAACACCCUUACUGUCCAAACAACAAAAAAAAACCAAUCUCCACAAAACUUCAAGGUGAUCAAGUGUACAUUCAUUAAGCAUUUGGAGGUAAUCGGUGACAAGCCUUCAUUUAAUUCAUUCAAGAAGCAACAAAUCAAGCCAUCAUACGUGAACGUUGAAAGAAUUGAGAAUUCUCUAAAGGAAGUUGUAAUAGCAUCUAAAAAGAAAGACCUUUUGAGAGGCAAGGGUGUGAGUAUGGAAGGCCAGUUUAUUUUUGAUCAAGUCUUCAAAACUAUAGGUGACACUAAGUGGGUUGGGAAAGACAUCGUUAUUCUUGAUGAUGUUAAGGUGCAACCGCCAUAUAAUGUAGAAGAUAUCAAAGUUUUACAUGAGGGUAGUAACCAAUCCAUUACAUUGAUUCAAAGAAUAGUAGAAAGAAGUUGGGAGCAAUUAGAACAAGAUGACGGUAGAAAAGGUGGAUGA